AUGGUUUUUCCGAAGGAUCGUCGUUUGUGGGUGUACCCUUUACUUGUUAUGUAUUAUGUCCUACUUUGGACUGAGUCACAGUGCCAGGAUAUGGGAAUACAAUUUGCCCCUUUGUCCAAAUUUAUCAUUAGCUUAAAUGAUGCAACGCACGUGGGGACCUUGGCAGCGACAUGUCCAUCUGGGCAUGCAAGAAGUUUGUCCGAGUUAUCGCUUUCUUCAAAAGAUUCCAUAUUCGGGGAGAAGCAGCACACGAAUGGGAAUCACCACACUUCCAGAAAUGGACACAGUAGCAAUAACCACAAAAGUAACUCACACGGGGACAUGCACACAUGGGGAAACACGCCCAAUGGGAAUCUGCUUGACACGUCCAAUGGAAGUUUGCUUGACAGGUCAGAUGCGAGUCUGCUUGACAGGUCUGACGUGAAUCUGCUUGACAGAUCUGACGUGAAUCUGCUUGACAGAUCUGACGUGAAUCUGCUUGAUAGAUCCGAUGAAAGUCUUCUUGACAAAUCUGAUGCUAGUCUAUUUGACAAAUCUGAUGCUAGUCUAUUUGACGGGUCCGAUGAAAGCCUGUUUGACAGGUCCGAUGCAAGUCUUCUUGACAAAUCCGGUGGGAAUAUGCUUGAAAAAUCCGGUGGGAAUCUACCUGACAAAUCCGAUGCGAGUCUGCUUGAUAGGUCCGAUGAAAGUCUGUUUGACAGGUCCGAUGAAAGUUUGUUAGACAGAUCCGAUGCGAGUCUGUUUGACGAGUCUAAUGAUAGUCUGUUUGAUGGGUCCAAUGAUAGUCUGUUUGACGGGUUCGAUGAAAGUCUGCUUGACAAAUCCGAUGAGAAUCUGCUUGACAAGUCCGAUGGGAAAAAAGAUAGGAAGCCCUACCCUCAUCAACCUUAUGGAAUUUACCCUCCGCAACCUUAUGGAACCUACCCUCCACAACCUUAUGGAACCUACCCUCCACAACCUUAUGGAAUUUACCCUCCGCAACCUUAUGGAACCUACCCUCCACGACCUUACGGAAUCUACCCUCCGCGACCUUAUGGAACCUACCCUCCACAACCUUAUGGAACCUACCCUCCACAACCUUACGGAAUUUUCCCUCCGCGACCUUAUGGAAUUUACCCUCCGCAACCUUAUGGAAUUUACCCCCAGCAACCUUAUGGAACCUACCCCCAGCAACCUUAUGGAGGUUACCCUCAACAAAGUCAUGGAGCCCAUGCAAAGCAAUACAGUGGAACUGCUUACCCCAAUUGGAGGAAUCGUAUCCUAGACAAGUACAGACCAAUGCUUCCAUAUGGUUGCGCCCCUCAGGACCUUUGCUGGAAUCUUACAGACGAAGAAAUUUUAAACAUGCCGUACGAAUUCCUCCUUCCUCCCCGGAUUAGUAAAAAAAAGGCAUUUAUUUUAUAUUUUUACUAUGGGAUCUAUUUAGAAAGGAAGUACUACGUCAUGGUGGACGACCUGAACAAAUGGUUUUCCAACGUAGCAAAAUCCAAUAAUUUGCCAGAUGAUUACAAGUUAAAGUGGUGGGAAGAAUGCAACAAAGAGCUCCUGUACGAUUUGGAAUGCAUCCAGAGGACAUGUGAAAAUUUCUUCCGCAACUUUAUUGCUAAAAGGAAAGGAAAAUAUAUAUGGACUAUACCAUUUGAAAAUCUACUAUAUGCUUUUUACAAGUUAACACAUGGAAGUAUUAAGCGCAACAAGGAGAAAUGGACUAGUGUUUUGGCACAGAAAAUGAAAAGCUACGGAGCGAGCGCAAACAGGGAGCAUAUUACUCAACAAAGAUAA